AGUGUUGUGGUGGUAGCCGAAAUGGGAACACUGGGGUUUUUUGUGUUUUUUCUAGUUUUAGUUAAUUUUAGCGCAAACGCAGUUUUGGAGUUUGAUAAAUAUGUGAAUAUACUGCAAAAUACAGAGGGGGUGUCUCAAAAAUGUUUAGACCAAAUUAAUAGUUUGGAUUUGGAAACAAAGGUCAAGAUGUUUGAUGCAAGUUCCAAAUUAAUAUAUCCAGGGAUGUUGCAAACUUAUCCAGUGGAUAUGGGCAUGUAUGACGAAUGCAUUGCUUUAGACUUCACGAAUAAAAGUACUAGAACUUUGGGAAAACAUUGUGUUUUAGUUGGCACUACUUUGUCAAUACCAACAAGUGCUGUUGAUUUGUUUAAGCAUUCAAAUAAUGUUGUUGCAAAAGCUGCAAAUAUAAAUGCUACCCAAAAAUUUUUUAAAAUUUCUGCUGGCUAUUGUGUCCCCGAUCAAUGUUCAAAAAAGGAUCUUGACAUUUUAUUCAAACAAUAUGAACUCGGGGGUGUGGUAACUUUUAAUUUUUCCAAUGCAGUUUGUACCACUAAGGAAACUGGGAAGGAACUGGACGCUUGGGAUUUUGGAUUCAUAACUCUAUUGGCCAUCAUUGGAUGUCUUAUUAUUAUUAAUACUACAUAUGAUAUAUAUCAGGAUUGGUUUUCAUUGCCGAAACAGAAUGUUUUGAUUGCAUUCUCUCUGUACACAAAUGCACAAAAACUGGUACAUAUAGGAAAAUCAUCAAAAGAACAGAUCCAAGUUUUUCAUGGGCUAAAGUUUAUCAGUAUGAUGUGGAUUAUUGCUGGUCAUGGUUUUGUGGCAUUUCGCUCGCUUCCUGUAAUUAAUCCAAAGGAUGUUUUGGCCUGGAACUCCAAUAUUUAUAGUCAAUACAUAACAGCUGCCCAUUUAGCAGUCGAUACUUUUUUUUAUAUAUCUGGGUUUUUACUACCAUACAUAUAUAUAAAAAUGUUUAAAGGAAAGGAUUUUCUAUUUCAACUUAAGUCAGUGCCUAUGAGUUACGUUCAUAGAUACAUAAGGUUAACCCCUGCUUUAGCAAUGAUGUAUUUAUACACAAUUACUUUAAUGAGACGUAUUGGAGGAGGUCCCAUUUAUGACAAAAACGUUAAUGCAUUUGUAACUAGCUGUAGAAAAAAUGCUCUAUCAUUUUUUUUCUAUUACCAAAAUUAUUAUAACUAUGACGAUCUUUGCAUGACCCAAACUUGGUAUUUAUCGGCGGAUAUGCAGAUGUUUUGGUUGUCCCCCAUUAUCUUAUUACCAACUGCAUAUUUUGUAACGAAAAAAUACAAAGCAGUUAUGUUAUCAUUGAUAAGUUUUAGUAUUUUUACUGUUAUUUUACCAAUGAUUAUUAAGUUUAUUUAUCAAGAUUAUAAAAAUGAUUAUGAUACUCAUUCAAGGUUGUGUAAUUAUAUUAUUGGUUUUACCUUUGGUGUUUUUAUGAGGGAAAAUAUUGACAAGCCCUUCAUUUUUAAGAAAAAUAAAUAUCUGAAAAACUUUUUACUAUGGUGCAUCGCUCUAGGUUCUAUGUACGUUCUAGUUUACUUAAACGGUUGGAUAUACAUCGGUAAUGGUACAUACGCCGGUAAAACGGUAAUUGAAUCCCUGAUGAGGCCCAUAUGGUGUUUGGGCCUCACGUGGAUCGUAUACUCAUGUUUCCAUGGAUAUGGAGGUGUGGUUAACUGGAUUUUGACCAGACCGAUUCUGCAAUUUGGAAGUAGAUUGAGUUACUGCAUGUACCUUAUGCAUGGUAGUGUUAUAGCACAUAAUGUUAUGAUGUUCAGGCAGAAGGAGAUUUUUAGUGACUGGAGAGAGUUCUAUUUAUGGUGUGGUUACUUAAUUGUAACUCUAAUGGUAGCAUUGGUUUGGAGUUUGGCGUUUGAGUCCCCAAUUAUAAUUCUUGAAAAAGUUAUAUUCGGUGCAAGUGGAAAGAAAAAAGAACACCCCACACCCCCUGCGAAAAAAACUAUUCAAGCCUAAUAAAACAAAAACUAAAAAAUGUAUAUAUAUGUAUUUUAAUAAAUAACUUAUUUUAAUUGGUUUAUCACUACAUCAAGAAAAAUCGUGUCGUCCUUGGUAUACUUUUCCUGAAACAAAACAGCGUGCGUGAUGAAAACAAAUGAAGACGACGAUUCCUGUGGUUCGUCUGCUUCAUCCCCUGGUCCUUCGAGCCUGGUUAAAAUUUGUUUUACCACGUUUUUGGGCUAAAAUAUUUUUUGUAUUAUUGUAUUAAAAACUAAUGCUUCUUACAGUAUCUAGGUUUUCCUGGUCCCUUAAAAUUAUAUUACCCUCAAUUUGACAUGGCCAUUUCAGUAAAGAAUCAUAAUCUCCUUUGAGAACUUCCAGGGAUAUCAAAGUGUUCCGGUCCCGCCAUUUUUUUAAACCGUUCAGGUAAAGUACCAACUAAAAAUAUUUUAUUAGGAACUUUAUCAUGAAAUUUAUAUUAUAAUUUAACUCUUAUUUUGUAUCCAUAUUCGUGUGAAUAAAAUAUGGGGCUCUUAUAGUAAUAGUUUGUUUCUUUGCUGGUCUGCAACUUUGACUUGACAUUGGAAACUUUCCAUAAUAACCUUCCUACAGUAAAUUCCUUAUCUUGCGUUGAACUUAGAUUCUCCACGUCUCCUUUUAACACUUCAAUCUCUUUUCUCAGCAAAGAAUUUUCACGUUCCAUAAUUUCAAUUUUUUCCUCGGUCCCUGAAGCGAUUUGACUUGUUGCUCUCAAGUCAAAAAGUACAUUCGUCAGUUUUGAGCGUACUUCAUCUACUGAACUUUUUAGACUGUCUAUAUUUUCUUUUACUUCCAAAUUGUCAUCUUUAUGUAGAUUAAUAAUUGUCAUUAUGUUUGCGAUUUGUUCUUCGAACUUUUUGGUGAGAUUAUCCGUUAAAUUCCUUGUGUAAUUUUGGUCUCUAACUAUGUUAUCUCUCAGUAUGUUCAUAUUCAUUUGAAGCACAUCCAAGAAUUUCAAUUUUUCUUGUACGUUAUACAAAGUGGCGUCUGAAUUGCUUUUGGAGCUUUGAUAAAAAGCAAAACUGUCUUGUAAUUUAUUCAGCAACAUUUCUGUGUCUGCCUUCCACUGUGAAAACCCUCUGUUUUGAUGUUUAACUUGACUUAACUCAGCACCGAACUGCUUAAAGGCAUUUACAAGCUUGUCAAAACUUUUCAUAGGGGGUAACUCAACGGAGUUGUAAGAAUUAUGCCGUUCUCGACUUUCAUGAACUUCAGCAUUGGUUAUCACGAUGUUCCUACCAUAAUUUCUAUCUAAAAAUCCAGGAAAACAUUAUAAUUACAUAACUCUACUGUUUUACUUGCCUAGAGUGGUUGGUAAGCUCAUAGGUCCUAGUAGGUCUAGAUUGGCAUUGCUUCUAGAUUUUGGCAUGGAUUUUUGUGAUUGGUUUAUACAACCGCUUUUAUGUCUUGGCAUAUCGCAUCUGGCUACAUAUGAACCACAUUUGUAUGGACAAGGCUGAAGGAUUUUUGAGCAAACUGUUGUGUG